UACACUUGAAGGCAUCACGCUGGGGGCGCGCGAGUAGGUUUCCUGUUAGCGGUGGGUCGAGUCGCCCAGGUCAGCGAAGUACCACGUGCCCGCCAUCACCUCACCUCACCGAAGCUGGCCUCCGUGGACUCCGCCGCCGGAAUAAAAGUCGAACGCGACGAUGGCGUGCAAAAACGUGAAAACGGAGCCGGAAAGCGAGGAGAAUGGAUACGAAGUGGAGAGGAUCAUUGAUAAGCGCGUGGAGGGGGGUGAGGUGCUGUAUCGGGUGCGAUGGAGAGGUUACUGCUCGGACGACGACACAUGGGAACCUGAAGGCCAACUGGAGGACUGUCGAGAGGUCCUUUUGGCCUAUAAGAAGGCCGCUAUAGAACUUGCAAAAGAACCUGAGGAAAAGAAGCCUGUACUGCAACUACCGACCAAGAGUGACCUGUUUGACGCCGACUCUGAGAGCAACAGCGACAAGGACAUGCCCGCCGCCGACGCGCCUGUCUUCAAGAAGAAAAAGAAAAAGGCUUGCGAGCAGCCACCGGAAGACGACAACGAGGAGCCUCCUCGAAAGGAGAAGAAAAAGGACAAGUGGCGAGAUGAAUUUAAGCCUUUGCCCGCCCCAGAGACAGACGAGGAGGAGAAGACGGCGAAGAUCAAGAAGCGUCUGAUCGACUCGGAGGAUGAAGACGAAAUGCCGCACAAGAAGCCCAGGAAGGACAAGAGCAAAGAUGGCAAGCACAAGAAGGACAGAGGCGGCGAGGACACUAAGAAGAAGAAAGUCAAGUACGGCGUGGUGGUGACUUCGGAUGAGGACCUCAGCGAAGGUUUGUCGGAGGAGAAACCUUGCCCGGACGAGCAGCAAUCCAAGCCCAAGAAGAAGCCUGACGUCAAGCUGAAGGGCAUCAAAGACCUGAUGCAGGAAAAGAAGAGCGAGCCGAAGGAGAGCGGCCAACUCAAGCUCAAGGUCCCAACCGCCUCCAAAGUUCGAGAGGACGCUGGCCCGCCCUCUUCAGACUCCAGCGUUAGCUCGGGUCUGCACCGAAAGAGCACGAGCAAAAGUCAGGAAUCGGUGCUGACUGCAAAGCCAUCCUCCUCCACCUCCAAGCCCUGGGAGGAUGAAGCCACCAGGGAGGACCCCAAAGGUUCCACUAACCACUUUGAAACCCUUCUGCUCAACUGUGAAGCCAAAGACCGUGCUCUCCGCAGACCACCUGACAAGAGCAUCAGCAAGCCGUCCAAGAUCCUGGGAAAGCUCGAGAAAAUCAAGCCCGUCAGAGAGUCUCUCCCAUCAAAAGAACUCGAAAGGACGGACAAGUCCAGGGAGCCAGAAGCUCGACGAUUGGUCAUGGAGCAUGGAGAGGAUUUUUCCACUCCAUCAGAGGCAUCUUCCGAUGCCUCUUCCGCUGCCUCUGAUCAGGAUUUUAUCCCUGACUUUGGGUCCAAUGAGCCGGAAGAUGAGUUGGAGGAGCACAAAAGUCCGGAUGAUGACGACGAUAAGGAGGAGGGCGAGCAGAAGAAUUGGAGAUCAAAAAAUGGCAAAAUAAUGUGGUCAGCUACUCACGAUGUUGCCGGACAUUACAUCCCCCCGGCCAUUCCAUUGCCGGGUCCAACAUGCUACGCCACAGCCAGGAUCAGUAGCCCCGAGUCGGCUUUCAAUUUGUUUUUUACUGAGGACAUAAUCAAUCAUAUCGUUAAGAUGACAAAUUUACAAGGAAACCGUACGAUGACUGGGUGGAUGGCGAUGACCACGCAAGAGAUGAGGACCUAUUUAGGGCUUUUGAUCCUGUCUGGAGUAUAUAAAUCAAGACAUGAGACAACAAGCAGCAUGUGGAACAAGAAAACAGGUCGCACAUUUUUUGCAGAGGCAAUGGGGCAUACCAGAUUUGUGCGUAUAAAUAGGCUGUUGCGAUUUGAAGACAAGCUACGGAGGCCACAGCGACAUCAUGAAACGAAGAUGUCGCCUAUUCUGGAACUGUGGAGGAUGUGGAACAGUCUUCUGCCCCGCUUGUUCAAUCUUGGCAGGGAGGUCUGCAUUGAUGAGCAGCUCAUUUCAUUCAGGGGCCGCUGCUCCUUCCGGCAGUACAUCCCCUCAAAGCCGGCCAAAUAUGGCCUUAAAAUCUGGGCAUUAUGCGAUGUCAACACCGCAUAUGCCUGGAAACUUGAUGUCUACACAGGCAAGCCACCUGGGGGACAGCGGGAGAAAAACCUGGCCAUGCAGGUAGUGUUAGGGCUGUGUGAUUCUCUUGAGGGUCACACCCUCACAACUGAUAAUUUUUUUACAUCAUUCACUCUGGCCGAUGAACUAAAAAAAAAAAAAAUGUCCUUGGUUGGAACACUAAGGAAAAACAAGGCCGAAAUUCCUCUGCAGCUCCUCCAGCUUCAAGACAGAGCACUCCUCUCGAGCCUCUUUGCUUUCACCAAAGACAAGUGUUUGGUCUCUUACUACCCCAAAAAAGGCAAGAACGUGCUUGUGCUUAGCACAAAGCACAGGAAACCGCAAGGUGAGAACAGCAGCAAGAAAAAACCUCAAAUUAUUCUUGACUACAACAGGUGCAAAGGAGCUGUAGACCGCCUAGACCAGGUGUGUGGCACCUACUCUGUCCGCCGGCGGGCACAGAGAUGGCCAAUGUGCCUGUUUUAUCACAUGGUGGACGUGUCGUGCUAUAAUGCUUUCGUGCUCUUCACUGAAAUCAACCCGGAUUGGAAUGCAGGAAAGCGGUACAAGCGGAGACUUUUCCUUGAAGAACUUGGUAUGGCACUUAUUGAGCCAGAAAUGUUGCGCAGAAGGCAACUAAAAACCCAAGGCUUCCAGGCUGCAGAGGCCACACCUGUACCUUCAUCAAAGAGAAAGCAGUGUGGACUUUGUGUCAACCCACUGAGAGCGUCCAAUGUCUGCUCUAAAUGUGACAUAUCAGUAUGCCGAAAGCACAUGAGGCCGAUUUGCAUGAAUUGUUAGAAAGAAAAAAAAGUUGUUUAUUGUUCAUGUUCAUUCACGCUCAAGAAGUUCACCAUUAGUUUAUUGUUCAUGUUUACGUUCAUGUUGUCCAUUAUUUGUUGGUUGUUUAUAAAUUUUGUUAAUUAACUAUCAAUUCUUCGUUGUGACUAUAUAUAGCUAUAGUACAUUUAGAGUUGUGAUCACAACACAAUACUACGUUUGUUGUCCAUAGAGGGUAUCAAAAAUAAAUAAAUACCGUAUUGGCCCGAAUAUAAAACGGUGUUUUUUGCAUUGAAAUAAGACCGAAAUAGUGAGAGUCGUCUUAUAUUUGGGGUCUAGACAUUAUUCCCAUUGAUGACGCUAGAUGGCGCCAGAUAUCAUUGAAGCAAAUGCUGAACUUGAGGACUAAUGUUUGUCAUGACAGAUCUCAGCUACUCCCAAGUUUAACCAGUUUGCAUCAUUUUAUUGCACUGUUUUUCUUUAUUCAGAUUUGUUUCAAGACUACAGUUACAUUUGACCUCACUUUGAUGGUUAAUGCUGUUAUUGCAAUUUUGUUUUAUCACAAUAGAUUGGUUUAUUUACAUUUCAAAAACCGGAAGCCAUUCAUUUACAAAUGUGUUUGCACUUUAGUUUACAUAUUUAAAUGUCAGAUAUUAAGAUUUGAAUGAGACAAAAUAACAUGCUUUUCUCACAAAUAUAUUGUUAUAAUCAUUUGUUUCAGAUGUACUGUUAUUAUUUUCUGUAUAAAAAAUUUUUUCAAACUUGAGUCUUGAAAGAGAGGAGGUCGUCUUAUAAUCAGGGCCGUCUUAUAUUCGGGCCAAUACGGUACAUAAAAAAAAAAAAUAUAUAUAUAUAUAUAUAUAUAUAUAUGGAUAGGUCCAGGGGUGAAAGUGGCUAGAAUUUCUUGCCGGAACACCCCGACACAAAGGACG